UAUAUAAUGCAUUACAAGGAAGAAACAUAACAAACCAUAGAACAGGAUGAGAUAUUCAACGUACUAGUAGUUGUUGGGAAAUUAUGGCAAGUGAAGAAUAUAGCGAUAAUCGACAGAUGGAUGGAUUGCAGCCGGAUUUGUGUAGGAAAACCCCAGUUACGCAUGACAGGUUACGUAAAGAUCUAGAAUAUGCUCAACAAGAAAUAGAACGAAACGUUUAUGAUGAACUUGAUGACUCCUCGAUCUCAACGCGAGACUCAAACCAGAUAGAUGCAAUACCCGGUUUCGCAGACGAUAGAACUAAGCCAUGCAAACACACUUUCAAAGAUCCCGACUAUGCCUACAUCAAAGGUAUAAUGAGGGGAACAGGGGAUCAUGGACUGAUGAUUUGUAUCCCCAAGGAGGUGAUAUCGAAAUUUGUUAAACAAGAAGAUGGAAAACAUAUCCAUGUCAGAAGUUUAAUCGGAGUGUGCCAGCUUGUUAAUGUCCAGGUAGAAGAGGAUCUUCCGGAAAACAGAGUAUGGGUAGAAAUGACAGCAAAACGUAAGCCAACGGAACACCAAUACUCGUCUACAUUGAGCAUGGGCACCGUUCAGAGUGCACAGUAUGCUAGGGGGCAAAUUUAUAGAACAGAGAACGAACCUACUCGACGAAGUCCCGUUCAACACAGCGAUGAUAACAAAGAUGAUUAUCAAACGCUCAAAUUCGAAUAUGUGGCGCCAGCCGGUUCAAUUAUAGUAGAUGAUAUUCUUAAACAUCAGAAGGUUGCUGAUUUUCUACUUGAUAAGACAAAUGAUUUCGAUCUGAAACUCACACAGUGGGAAUAUGACUACGAGGCUCCUGUUUUGCUAGAGAGGUUUCUGUGGUACCAUAAGGACAUUGAUCACAGAGAGGCAAAGCAAAGACUAAAUGGAAAGGAGGUCGGCACUUUUCUUGUACGGCAAGCGGCAAGCGGCGCUACAGCGGAUCCGAAUCACAAAUUCACCAUGGAAAUAGUCAGAAAAGAUAAGAAAAUUAUCCGCCUGAGAAUAAUGCAUCGAGAUGGGCUGUACAAUUUUGAGGAUUCAAAACAGAAGCUUAACGAAUUUACAAACUACUUGACCAAACUUCUAUCCGAUUACUUUGGACAUCAGUGACACGCGCCAUUCAAACCCAGUUUUGGGACUGUUUCAUCAAGGAUUGUCAGCAAAUCAUAUAACUAAGCUUCCGACGUGUGGUGGUAUUAUAUGUUCUAGGGUGUCGUAGAUGUAUGGAAACUGAUCGUCCAAGCCAUCGAGAGAGGGAUGGACAUUAGCAAACCAGGCGAAGAUUGGAAAAGGAUAACUGCCAUACCCCUAAGUAGAGCUUCCUAAAGAAAUGAGAGUCAUCGUGGAAUUGUACAACUACAAUGAUUCUCAUUAACACCAGACGGCAAAAUUUACUUUAAGAAUGUGUUUUGUGUUCUGUUGACGAGUUAUUUAUUCGAGGAGUGAAUUUUGUGAGUGUUUCUUUUACCGAAAAAACAAAACAGUAAAGAAUUACCGUCGCAUUUUAGUUAUGGCGGUUCCGUUUAAUACAUAUUUACAUGAUAAAAAAUAUGUCAAAUCAAAUGUAAUCCCCAAAUAAUCUCACAACCAUGUUAAAACCUUUACAUCUAUUUAAAAAAAAAAUACUCGUCAGAUAUGCGUUAUAGUUUGACUGUAUAUUCUAACAAUUGCAAUGUUUUUAUGUAUAAUGUUUGUAUGAACUGUUGACUAGAAAAACAAGAAACUAUAAGG